AAUUUCUCCAAGGACAAUUAAACUCAUCACAGUAGUCUCCCUUGCCUGGCUGAAGGACGAUAUGGGGAUAGCGUACGCAAAAUUCCAGGAAAUGUGGCCUGACCCCAGGCAGAAGAUGCCGUCUCAGUUGGAAGUAGAUUUCAGAAACGGUCCUACAUUUGAUCCGAUGCUUGGAUUCCCAAAUGGACGCAAAGAAAGGGAGAUGCCAUUGACCCAUGAUGAGAUGGUUGACGCACGCCUACCUUUUGAGAACAGGGACUACUGCGCACACAAGUAUGUGCACUAUCUACAGUGCAUGACUGAGAGUGGAUUCUUUGCCAAGCUGGCCGGCAAAUGCGACCACGACCAACACGAAUAUAACGACUGCAUGAAAGAAGAUACCAUUCUUCGAUGGAAGGAAUGGGAAAGAGAACGAAGGUUGCUUGAGCGAAGAAAGCGCAGGAUAGCCAAAGGUUUAGAGCCUGACCCAUCGCUUCAGACACAGACAGCAUAAAGUUUUGAAAACAUUAGUUACAGUUUCAAAAGGGAGAGAACAUUUCUAGGUCUUGAUUAAAGCUGUGGAACAGGGUCGAAUUCUGAGAAGAAUUGCUGAUGAUCAUCAGGAAUUUAAGUUUUUUUAAAAGCUUUGAAGCAUCAAUAUUUAAUUGAAUGUGUUAAGAGAUUUGAUACCUACUGAAACAAUAAUAAGAUUUGUACAUGUUUUAAGGGGACAGAGAUUGUUGUUUGUUUGUUCUGCUAAUUCUGGAAUACGUAGGCCUCCCUUUGGCUACGUUCUUAGAAAACAUGUGAAGUAAAUAUGUGAUACAAGUA